CAACAGUUCCCCCAAUGUAUAUGAACGCCUGUUGCAGACAGAACCUCUCAACGCCAUAGAUUCACCUCGAAAUAAUACCAAUUGAUUCCAAAAGCAAGAUGUCUGUCCAAAAGGUUGCUCUCAUCACCGCCAGCUCUGCAGGACUAGGAGCCCAGAUAGCUCGAGUGUUUGCUCCUGAUUACCGAGUUGUCAUCAACUACUCCUCCAACCAAGCGCGAGCACAAUCACUCGUCGAAGAACUAUCCAAGAUCCCUUCAACACACUCUUCGCCAGCAACACCACGCUUCCACAUUCUCCAAGCCGAUGUAUCCUCCAAGCCUUCCGUACAAAACCUCGUCGCAGAGACAAUCAAGACCAUGGGUCGUCUCGACGUCGUGGUCUCUAACGCCGGCUGGACACGCAUGACGACGUUCCUGAACAUUGAUGAGGGCGUCAACGACGAGGAUUGGGAUAAGUGCUUCGUCAUGAACGUCAAGACGCACUUAUGGCUCGCUUAUGCCGCGAAGGAUGCUUUGGCUGAGACCGAGGGCACGUUUAUAUCAACAGCUAGUGUGGCGGGAGUGAAGCCUUCAGGAAGCAGUCUGCCGUAUGCGGUCACAAAGGCAGCGCAAAUUCAUCUUGCGAAGAGUCUGGCGGUCAUUCUCGCGCCCAAGAUUCAAGUCAACAGCGUCAGUCCCGGAAUGCUGUUGACCGAGUGGGGGAUGAAGUUCCCCGAGAGCAAGAGGGAGGCUGCGAAGAACAACACUAAGUUGAAGCGGUUGGCGACGGUUGAGGAUGUUGCUGAUCAAGUUAGAGUAUUGGCGUUGAGCAGGAGUGUGACGGGCCAGAACUUGCUCAUUGAUGGUGGUUCUUCUCUAUAGAGGUGUUUUGAUGAUCACAACAUCGCUAGUGUAUUGAUUGCGAUGAUUGACUAAAUGGGCAUACAUGGCGCAAACAGGUACAAUGGAAAUAAAUAUUAC